AUGAAUCAGCUCAGCACCAACAAUAACGUGAUUCGAGCGCCCUCUCUGAAGCGGGGAAAGAACGACGAAGGCUUGAAUAAUAGGAUAAAAUUGAAGAAAAUCCUAGGAUUAACAGUAUGCAGCAGCGCAGGGCUCGAUGUCUCCUCCACAACCGGCGUGUUGGCGUAUCCGGCAGGAUGCACGGUGGUACUGUUCAACUCCAAAAAGAUGUCCCAGAACUUCCUGCUAAAUACAACGAAAAAAGCCAUCACAGCCGUAGCGUACUCGGAGUGCGGUCGGUAUCUGGCCACGGGCGAGUGUGGCCACAAUCCCUCCAUCAAGGUGUGGGAUCUGGACGCAUCCGGGACCGGUGGGAGUGGAUCACUCGAAAAUGGAACCGCCGGUAGCAUCGUGGCGGAGUUCUCCGGUCACAAAUACGCGGUCAGCUGUGUGGCCUUCUCGCCCACGGGCAAGUACCUGGUGUCGGUCGGAUCGCAACAUGACAACAUCGUGAACGUGUUCGACUGGAAGGCGAAUCUGAAGAUCGCCUCGAACAAGGUCACGGCCAAGGUGGUGGCGGUCAGCUUCAGCGAGGACGGCAACUACUUCGUAACCGUGGGCAACCGACACGUGAAGUACUGGUACCUCGAGGGCAGCCGGAAGUACAAGGAACCGAUCCCACUGAUGGGACGCAGUGCCAUCCUGGGAGAGCUGCGCAACAACGACUUCUGUGCGGUCGCGUGUGGUAAAGGCGAGAUGGCCGAGAGUACUUAUGCCAUCACGCGGAACGGCCAUUUGGUGGAGUUCAACGCGCGCCGACUACUGGAUAAAUGGGUGAUGUGCCGGACCAACGCGGCAAAUUGCAUGGUAGCCAGCACGAAGUACAUUCUCGUCGGAUGUGCCGAUGCCAUCGUUAGGGUAUUCAAUGCCGAAACUCUCGAGUACAUCACCACCCUUCCGAGAACGCACUUUCUGGGCGUGGAUGUCGCGCAAGGAGUACACAUUAACCACAUGAUGGCGGUGCCCCAGAGCGCCAAGUAUCCCGACACCAUCGCCAUCGUGUACGACGACGUCCGCUCGAAGGUGACGUGCGUGUACAACGACCACAGUCUGUACAUCUGGGACCUGCGGGACAUCCGGCGAGUGGGUAAAAGUCAAUCCUUCCUGUACCACUCCGCCUGCAUCUGGGGCGUGGAAACAGUGCCAUUCAGCUACCAGCAGCUCCAGCACAGUGCUAACGGGGGCGACACGUUGCCUUCGGAUUGCUUCAUGACCUGCUCGUCAGACGACACGAUUCGCGUGUGGGACGUGGACAGCUGCGAGGCGAACGAGGUGUAUCGGAAGAAUAUCUACAGCAAGGAGCUGCUCAAGGUGCUGUACAUCGACGAUGAGCUUAACUUCAUCAAGGACACGGACAACCCGAUCCACAGCACGGAGAAAAACUCCAGCUACGAUGGCCGCAACGGUGUUCGGUGUAUCAAGAUCAGCCCGGACAGCCGGCAGCUGGCGACGGGUGACCGAAGCGGUAACAUUCGAAUCUACAAUCUCAGCAACCUGAAGCUCAUCACGACCAUCGAAGCGCACGAUUCGGAGGUUUUGUGUCUGGAGUACACGAACGAACGCAUCGACCGGCGGCUGUUGGCCAGCGCGAGUCGCGAUCGACUGAUACACAUCUUCGACUGCGAGGCCAACUAUCGGAUUCUGCAGACACUGGACGAUCACUCGAGCAGCAUUACUUCGGUGCGGUUCAUUGGCGCCGGCAAGCAGUUCCAGAUGGUGUCGUGUGGCGCGGAUAAAUCCAUCAUCUUCCGUAACUACCAGAACAACGUGUUUCUGCGUGGUAACAAUUGCUCGGGCAAGAACACACUCUACGACAUGGAGGUGGACAGCAACAGCAAGCACAUCCUAACCGCCUGCCAGGAUCGUAACAUUCGCGUGUACAGCACGCAAAAUGCGAAGCAUACGAAGACUUUUAAGGGUUCACAUUCGGACGAGGGCAGUCUCAUCAAGGUGAGCCUGGAUCUGAGUGGCAUCUACAUCGCGACAUCCUGCACGGACAAGACGCUUAGCGUGUACGAUUACUACUCGAACGAAUGUAUGGCACGAAUGUACGGCCACAGCGAGCUGGUGACGGGGUUAAAGUUUACCAACGACUGCAAAUAUCUCAUCUCAGCUAGUGGUGAUGGAUGUGUGUUCAUCUGGCAAGUGCCCCACGAUAUGAUCGUUACAAUGCAAGCCCGCUUAUCGCAGCAAGCUCUACGUUCCGGCCAUCAACCGAUUCCGCGAACGCUCCAACCUACCAACCCGUUUACUGAUGCCAUUCUCAAUCAUCCACAACCGACGGCGGUACCGAACAGUGCCUCGAUGAGCGCUGCAGAGUUUGGUUCUCCUCCAAACAGCAAUUUCUCGCUCGAAGACGUUCCAGUCACGCCCGGGUAUCGCUUUUCCGACGUCGGUCAAUUGCCGCAGUGGGCCAAACGGAAGCCCUCUGAGGAUCUGCAGUCAAAUUCGCCUGUUCUCGGUAGCAGCCCUAGCCAAGGUGGCAGCAACUUCGGCGGAAUGGCACCCAAACCGCGCGGUCGCUGGGGUCAGAAGGGUGUCGGUGGCGUGUUGGAUGAUCCACUCGAUGUGUUGAACAUGGUCGAAUCGAGUCCUCUCAGUUCUUCAUUCAAAGAACGUCAGCCCAUGACGCCAACCUCCCAAUCCAUCGGUCAACCGUCGCAGAACACGCAUCCACCGGCCACAAACACACCGACGUCCGGGUACAAUAGCAGCGGUUCAAAGGAUGUCUACAGCAAUGCCUACCUCAGCGAAGACAGCUCCAUCGACAGCGGGCGAGAGAACCGACGUCCCGAUCUGAGCUCGUUUCUGCACAAGAAGAUCACGGAAACCAAGGCCCUGAAUAGUUUGAAUUCGGAAUCGAACACCGAACACGACGGAGAUGUUGAAGACAUUUCCGACGGCGAACGGACGAGCUCGGAUCAUGGCAUGGUUUACUACCCAUCAGCUGCACCGUCUACUCCAACCGACUUCAAAAUCAACGAUGUUGACACGAAUGAGCUGCGUAAGUCAAUUCGAAGGCAGAAGCUGGAAAAGCAAGGCCUCAGCAUAGCAGCCCAGUUUCAGAUGCAAAGUGCAGCAUCCGGUACGGGUACCGGCACGUCCGAUGACGAAGACGAAGGAUCAACUCCGAGCGGUGACAACGCGGAUCGAUCGCUUGCCUCCACUCUCGGUGGUAGUUCGGAAAGCAUCCCGCAGCAAUCGUCUUCCACUUUCCUGCAAGCUGUCCUCGAUGGCCCUGGCAGUUUGUCCGACCGAGAGCGUUCGCAAGCACGGAAGAGCAUGAGUGCGAAGCACAACAACGAUUCAAAAAUCACCACCAGCAUAUCGAAAUCGUUUGCCAACAACAAAAAGGAAGAGCUAAUGAAGGUGAUCAACGAAGCCAAGGCAAAGCUGGAGAAUGGGAUAAUGUUUCAUAAUAUGCGUGAGGUUAAAUCCCCAUUUAAUCUUGCUCAUUUGAAGGUCGGCUACCGAUCCGGUCUACGCGCUAGUCAAAGUAUUUCCGAUCUGAGCCACUCGAUGAACAUGGCCGGGGCGAGUCCAAAUCGCACGCAGCGGAUAGACGUCGAUAGUAAUUCACCAUACAGGAUGUACCCGUCGGCGGUCGGUGUGUCUGGAACGGGUGCCGGUUCCGUCGCGUAUAUGAAUUCUUCGAAUUUCCUUCACAGUGCCGCACCGCGUUCGAAAUUAGCACAAAAUUGUAUGCUCAUGAACCAGAUUCAGCAGGAACUUCCACCCUACCCACGAGACGUUGGUAUUUAUGAUCAACCGGUACAACGACCCGACAAGCUAGAUCUGGUCGAGCUACCUCCAGUGCCAGCUGAUAAACUUCGGAAGCAUCCAGGCAUACUGAAAAACUACAAAUCGUGCCCUGUAUCACCCGUACACGAGGAACAGGAAUGGUCGAGCCCAUCGAAUCACGACGAGUCGUCGCACAAUCAGCAAAACCCACAAGAUCGCUCCGGUCGGCAUGGGCAAAUGCGCCAUUCGAUGUACUACGAGGAUGCAAAGACGAUUCUAAGCAUGAUUCACUCCGACACGGAGAAAAUGAUCCGGGAAAUCACCAGCAAGUACGGCGAUCUCGAUGAUAUCCAACCAACUGCGAAAGGAAAGGUAGAACAAAAACCCAUCCCACCCGCCCAGGAGACGGUCAACAUCUCUGACGAAACUCCCGCUUCAAAUGCUUCCAAUACCCUGGAACACCAAGAGCACGAUGUGCUUUGCGGUGACGAUCCAAACUUUAGCUCCGAUUCACUGGAAGACUGCAGUCUCGAUCUGGAUCUCGAACGAACCGGCCAAGCGGUGCCAACAAGACGAAAACCAUGUGCCAAACAUCCGCCAGCCAAGAAAACACCUCUCUCACUGCCAAAACGUUCCGUUUCUGACUACUUUAUCUACGAUCAGCCACCCCAAGGACCCUCAGCUGGCAUUCCCUACCGAAACGUGUCGCUCUCGGACAUCCUUGAUGACGAGGAGGCGAUUCGGCAGGCGGAAAAUCGGUUUCUCGAAACACAACGGCACUCCAGCGCAAGUUUCUUUCUCGGUCAACAGUACCCGACGAGAAAGAGCCAGGAAAGCAUCCUUUCGGAUGAGUACGGUAGCGGUGGUGUUAGCUUCUGCAAUAGCAUGGAAAGCAUUCUGUCGGAUGAUUCCGAGUGCAAAAGUGCUCCACUGGAGGUACUCUUCGGUCGCAUGCGACGGGAUCAUCUUGGCCACGUUGGGCAUGGUCACGGCGGAGGCCGUAAUCCUGCCAACUUUGAGUACAAGCUUGAAGGCGUCGGUUGUACAACCUCAAAAUCGUACGGCUCUAGUCCGAACGCCGGGAGUGGGUUUGAUUAUUACAUGCAGGGUAAUUACUUCCAUGCCACUGCUACCACCGACAGCAGCUACUACGGUAUGGUACACGAUAGCUUGGAGUACGGUGGUCAAGAUCGUCGCACGAACGCUCGCCAAGGAGUCCCCGGUAUGCCAACUUCAAUGAGCUAUCCUCGGUUUCUUCCAAGCCUUGCAGCCCAACCUCCAACAGCCCCAUUAUCCACCGGGCGCGAAGAGCUACUAUUCGGUGAAGUGUUCGAUGAAGAGGAAGAUUUCAUUCCAUCGCUCACGUCGAAAGCAGCUCAGUACGGUGGAGCCACCGUGAAAAGUCUCAGCAAGGACUUCGCCAACCAACGCAAGCAGAUGAACUCGAAUCCGCUGUAUAAUUGCAACGACGGCACAAAUGGGGGGGAACUGUUCGUGCGUAAAACGAUCAACGCCACAAACCAUCAACACCAGAUCACUCGAUCGGACAUUUUCAGCACGGAAUCGUCCGUCUAUGUGAUGAAAAAAUCAUGCUCUUUCGAGAUCGAAAUGGGUGGCCGACGGAUCGCACGCAACUCGAAGAAAUUCGAGCAGAAUCUGCAGCGGUUCGAGCAGGAGCGCAAACAAUCGAGUGAUCGCUAUCAACACCAGUUUGGGGGAACUCUUGAGAUGGAUUACGUUCCGCAUAAACCUCCGGUCGCUCAUCGGCGUUCGGCAAGCAUGAAAGGUCGAGGCAGAGUCCGUUCGAAGGAGAAGUUCAACACGAUCAUAGGCCAGAUGUCGAUCUCUGCCGGUACAACGACUCUCUCCAGCCAGUGCGACGAACCAGCGAUGAUCGGAGGCAAGCUACGGGAUUUUGUAAAUAGGGACUUCAAGGUGCCGCACAGUAAAUCCUCGGACGGGAUGGCUGCGUCAUUAGGAUGCCGUCGCGGCGACAUUGGUGAAGAAAAGUCCUUCGAAGUGUACGUCGCGGAGAAAGGAGUCAGUGAGGACGACAACAUGGACAGCUUGGAACUGCUCUCAAAGGCACGGAAUGUUGGCGGCGUGCCGAAAAUCAAUUCAACCGAUUCCCUCGAUGCUCCGGUGGUAGAGUGUGGAACCGAAGUCGGUGUAGAAGCGCUGGAAGGUGAUGACGAUGCAAUUGAUAACGAUGCCACUACUGGUGUCGAUGCACUUGAGGCCGAGGAAGCUCACGAAUCACCAAAGAAAACUGCCACGCAGGGAAGCGCCAGUGAGCUGGAAAAGCUGGUCGGACGUGGUUUGCUUUCGAGCGGAGAGUACAACCGAUUCCUUGAUAUCGAGAAAAAGAUAGACAUAAUUAACAAGCUGGUUGAGCUGGAAGAGCGCAAGCUGGAACAAGAACGCUCAGCGAAGGAGUACCGAAUGCGUCCGUUCGAUUGCGACCCAAGGCAGAAAGGGUACGUGAAAAGUUUGACGGAAAAUUUCGACCGGCUUGCGAAGGACGCGCAGGAAGAGCUGGAAAAUGAGAAGAGCUGGUAUCUGGCGAAGGCGCGCAUGAAGCGUAAUUUCAGCCUUCCGGAUGUGCUUGAUUUUGGUGCGGAUCGAUGCUGCAGGCAUGAUAAAUGCGGCGAUCAGGAGGACAUCGAAGGCGGUUGUGGUUGCUGCUGUGAUGAGUGUGUCGAUGAUCCAGAAGACGGACGGCAUGCUUACAAACAGAAGGACGAAGACGAGCUGUCGGAAAAGGAGGAAAACUCGAUGGCGGCUGCCGUUGCGGCGGUUGCAGCGGCCGUUGCAGCCAUCGGGAUAUGCGAAAGCGAUGAAGGCGGCAAUCCCCGAAGCUUAAUCUCUGCGCAAGAUAGUGAAUCAUCGAUUAGACGUGCUUGUUCGCUUAGUGAUUUGAGUAUGGGAAAAGGCUACAAAUCAUCCAAUCCUUCAACAGCUGCCAGUGGGCCUUACAAGCCGUCUGUAAGCAAUCGAGCUCCAAGCACGCCGACUCGGACCACACCGAAACGAAGCACGUCAUCGGUCGGAAAAGGCGGCACCUCGUUAGCUUCCGGAAUGGGAGUCCGUAGCGUUUCGGUUGGAAUGUUAAAUCAAGCGAGUGACUCCGAACCGGAACCCACGAGGGGAGGCCUGCUGAAGCCAACGAUUUCAUCGCAGAACAAAAUUAAUGGCACAGGCAGCGGAGUCGGUAAUGGAAACGGUGGAAAGUACAUAAACCCACGCAGCGCAGCAGGCAUCAUCAAUCGACGAAAAGGCCUGCAAAAUGCCUACAGUAGUGUGAACAUCUCAACCACCGGCCAGGAUGAAUCAAGCUCGGAAGAAUCCCCCACAAGUACAGUUAGUACGGUCCCGACAAAACCGGCCGUGCCACCGCGUCCGCGAAGCAUCGCCUUUGAGCACAAACGGAUAGCCAACGUGAACGCUAGUCUAAUAAACGUCAAGAAAACGGUUACCGUAGGUGGGACAACGACCAUCAUCACCGAUGCGACAAAUGGCGGAGGUGGAGGUAAUGGCAAUGGAGGAAUCAUGCCCGCCAAAGAUGCCGAUCUAGACAAUGAAGACAUAACCAACCAAGUCUGUACCAACAUAAUUAAUCAGCUCGUGCAAACAACGUCGUCCGUCAUUCAGCUACACCAGCGGUUGAAGUCGAGCGACGAAACGAGCAUCAAUAGGCGCAACAAUUCGCUCAUGCUGAAAGAGCUUGAAAAUGCCGUCAUAAUGACGCAAAACAUGCUCACCAAAGUUACAAAUCGCAACCACAACGAUGGCAUAAACAAUAACACUAUGAGCAAUAACACCAACAAUCAAAUUAUGCACGAAAAGUGCGUCGACAUGCUCAACCAGGUGCAAAAGCACGUGAACAAUAACGGCUAG